AUGGCCGCGGCGGCGGGCGGCGGGGGCAGCGGCGCCCCAGGGGCGGCGGCGGGCGGCGCAGGGCCAGGAGGCGCGGCGGCGACGGCUGUGGGUCUGGCGCUGUGUCGGCGGAAGGACGGGGGCCCAGCGGGCAAGUUUUGGGAGAGCCCGGAGACGGUUUCCCAGCUGGACUCGGUGCGGGUCUGGCUGGGCAAGCACUAUAAGAAGUAUGUUCAAGCAGAUGCUCCUACCAAUAAAACUUUGGCGGGGCUGGUAGUACAGCUUCUACAGUUUCAAGAAGAUGCCUUUGGGAAACAUGUCACCAAUCCUGCCUUCACCAAACUUCCUGCAAAGUGCUUCAUGGAUUUCAAAGCUGGAGGCACCUUGUGUCACAUUCUUGGGGCUGCUUACAAGUAUAAAAAUGAACAGGGAUGGAGAAGGUUUGACCUGCAGAAUCCAUCCCGAAUGGAUCGAAAUGUGGAGAUGUUUAUGAACAUUGAAAAAACACUAGUGCAGAACAAUUGUUUAAGCAGACCUAACAUCUACCUCAUUCCAGACAUUGAACUGAAGUUGGCUAACAAACUAAAGGACAUUGUCAAAAGACAUCAGGGAACAUUCACUGAUGAAAAAUCAAAAGCCUCUCAUCACAUUUAUCCUAAUCCUACCUCACCAGAGGAUGAAGAAUGGUUGAGACCUGUGAUGAAAAAAGACAAGCAAGUGCUAGUGCACUGGGGAUUUUACCCAGACAGCUAUGAUACUUGGGUCCAUGCUAGUGAUAUUGAUGCUGAAAUCGAAGAUCCUCCAAUUCCAGAAAAACCAUGGAAAGUGAAUGCAAAAUGGAUUUUAGACACUGAUAUUUUCAAUGAAUGGAUGAAUGAAGAAGAUUAUGAGGUUGAUGAGAACAAGAAACCAGUUAGUUUUCGUCAGCGCAUCUCAACAAAGAAUGAAGAGCCAGUCCGUAGUCCUGAGAGAAGAGAUAGGAAAGCAGCUGCAAGUACAAGAAAGAGAAAACAUUCACCUUCUCCUCCUCCUCCUACUCCUGUUGAAUCAAGGAAAAAGACUGGAAAGAAAGGACAAGCUAGUCUUUAUGGGAAGAGGAGAGGUCAGAAAGAAGAGGAUGAACAAGAAGAUCUCACUAAGGAUAUGGAAGACCCAACACCUGUACCUAAUAUAGAGGAAGUGGUACUUCCUAAAAAUGUUAACCCAAAGAAAGACAGUGAAAAUACACCAGUUAAAGGAGGAACUGUAGCAGAUCUAGAUGAGCAGGAUGAAGAAACAGUGACAACAGGAGGAAAGGAGGAUGAGGAUCCUAGCAAAGGUGAUCAGAGUCGAUCAAUUGAUCCUGGUGAAGACAAUGUAACAGAGCAGACGAAUCACAUUAUUAUUCCCAGUUAUGCAUCGUGGUUUGAUUACAACUGUAUUCAUGUCAUAGAACGUCGUGCUCUUCCCGAGUUUUUCAAUGGAAAAAACAAGUCAAAAACUCCAGAAAUAUACUUGGCAUACCGUAACUUCAUGAUUGACACAUACCGCUUAAACCCCCAAGAAUAUUUAACCAGCACUGCUUGCAGACGGAAUCUGACAGGAGAUGUCUGUGCUGUUAUGAGGGUUCAUGCUUUUUUGGAACAAUGGGGGCUUGUUAAUUACCAGGUUGAUCCAGAAAGUCGACCAAUGGCAAUGGGACCUCCUCCAACUCCUCACUUCAAUGUGCUGGCUGAUACCCCCUCCGGGCUAGUGCCUCUUCAUCUCAGAACACCUCAGGUCCCUGCUGCUCAGCAGAUGUUGAAUUUUCCUGAGAAAAAUAAGGAGAAACCUACUGAUUUACAGAACUUUGGCCUUCGCACUGAUAUUUAUUCCAAGAAAACCUUAGCAAAAAGUAAAGGAGCCAGUGCUGGAAGAGAAUGGACUGAACAGGAGACACUGCUACUUUUAGAGGCUCUUGAGAUGUACAAAGAUGAUUGGAAUAAAGUAUCAGAACAUGUUGGCAGUCGAACUCAGGAUGAGUGCAUCCUCCACUUUCUGAGACUUCCUAUUGAGGAUCCUUAUCUUGAGAACUCAGAUGCUUCCCUUGGACCACUAGCUUACCAACCUGUCCCUUUCAGUCAGUCAGGAAACCCUGUGAUGAGCACAGUUGCAUUCUUAGCAUCUGUGGUGGAUCCACGGGUGGCUUCUGCAGCAGCUAAAGCUGCUUUAGAGGAGUUUUCCCGUGUCCGGGAAGAAGUGCCAUUGGAAUUAGUUGAAGCUCAUGUCAAGAAAGUACAGGAAGCAGCAAGAGCCUCUGGAAAAGUAGAUCCAACAUAUGGUCUAGAAAGUAGCUGCAUUGCUGGGACAGGUCCUGAUGAGCCAGAGAAACUUGAUGGUACUGAAGAAGAAAAAAUGGAAACAGAGACAGAUGGACAACAAACUGAAAAGGCUGAAAACAAAGGAGAAAAUGAAACUGAUGAAAGUGAUAAAGCACAGGAUGGAGAAAAUGAGAAAAGUAUUGAGAAAGAACAGGAUAGUGAAGUUAAUGAAGAUACCAAAUCAGAAGAAAAAGAUGCUGAGGAGAAUAAGGAAAACGAUCCCUGUAAAGAGAGGGAGAAUGAUACUGGAAAGAAGAAAGUGGAACAUGAGAUUUCUGAAGGAAAUGUAGCCACAGCUGCAGCGGCUGCUCUUGCCUCAGCUGCCACCAAAGCAAAGCACCUUGCUGCUGUAGAAGAAAGAAAGAUCAAGUCUCUAGUAGCCCUGCUGGUGGAGACUCAAAUGAAGAAGCUGGAGAUAAAACUCCGUCAUUUUGAGGAACUGGAAACAAUCAUGGACAGGGAGAAGGAGGCUUUAGAACAGCAAAGACAGCAGUUACUCACUGAACGCCAGAACUUCCACAUGGAGCAGCUAAAAUAUGCUGAAUUAAGGGCUCGCCAGCAAAUGGAGCAACAGCAACACGGGCAGAACACUCAGCAGUCACACCAGCAUUCUGGAGGGCCUGGUAUGAACCCAAUUGGAGCACCAGGGCAUCCAGGAAUGUUGCCUCAUCAGCAACCCCCUCCUUAUCCCAUGAUGCACCAUCAGAUGCCCCCUCCUCAUCCGCCUCAACCAGGUCAGAUGCCAGGUCCUGGUUCCAUGAUGCCUGGGCAGCCCAUGCCAGGCCGUAUGAUUCCAGCUGUUGCAGCCAAUAUCCAUCCUUCUGGGGGUGGUCCUCCCCAACCUGUCAUGCCACCAAUGCCUGGGAACAUCAUUGGACCACGAGUACCCCUUGCAGCACCUAAUGGCAUGUAUCCCCCUCCUCCGCAGCAGCAGCCCCCACCACCUCCACCCACCGAUGGCGUCACUCCUCCUCCUGCAGCAGCACCAGCCUCCUCGGCUCCCUAACAAGCAACAAUUCAAGGGACUUCCAGAUCUGAUUCCAUGAGCCCAAGUAGUGGUGACAAGACUCCUUUUCCUCAGUUUCCUUCUGUUUCUUUCAGGAUUUUUUCUCUUUUACAUCUGAGUGCCUCUUUACUCUGGUGUAUUUCUUUUGGUGGUGCUCCUUUGCCAGGGCUCAUGGGGGCUGGUGGUGACAGUGUACAUUAGACAGGACACCUUGGGUCUUCCCUGUGCUGAAUAAGGGGCAAAUAGGGAAUAUAAUGAGUAAGCCCAUCUCAAGCUUUGCUCUUGCAAUCUUUCUUUGUCUUGGUGCUUCCAUGGGUAAUUUUUUAUUGUUAGUAUUUUUUAAGAAAAGAAUCCUAAGUUAAUAGGAACCAAAAGAUGCAAGCGGAGAGAUGGACCACCAGUAUAGAAGAGAUUGAACUUUGAGGCAUAGCAGAUGCAUUCAUUUUAGGUUCAUGAUGGGGUGGAGGGCAAAUAUUUAGAAGAUAACACAAAGCCUUGGCACAUGCAUACAAGCUCGAAGAUAAGGGAAAACAGUGGUGAAGGGAAGCAUCCCUGUGAGGAAUACAUGUGCCUCUUUAUUAAUCCAAGGUAUUUUAUAAGGUAUAUUCAAUACCUGACCCAUCUCUCAUGCCUUGUUGACAAAACAUACUCUUUUCAUUGAUCCAUGGUGGCUGAGAGUGCAAUAAUUAGAAUAAAAUUGCUCUCUUCCCCCAGUUCACUGGUUCUGGCUUUCUAUGCAGAUAGUUAUUGUCGGGAUGGUUUGAGAUAUAGGGAAACUUUGGGGUUGGGGGUGGGAAUAAGGGAUGGGUUUGGAACUGGGAAACAUUUUCAGGUCCCCAGGACACCCAGAAAAGUUUCAGGAGUCCAAGGCACUAGCCAGCUGAGGAAUCAAGCCUAAUAGUCACUGUUGGAUGCAUUUUUCUUCUUUUUGCCCUCCCGUUUUAUAAAAAGCUUAAAAAAAAAAAAGGAAAAAGAAAAAAAGAGGGGAGGAGAAUAGUUCUGAAGUUCUAAUUAAUGGAACUUGGUUGGGAUGGCUAGGGGUGUGAGGCCCCAAACUACCUCUUGCAGACAGCCAGAGUGAGCAGAAUUCAGUGGAAACGGUACUUUGAAUUUAAAACAGGAUUAUUAGAGAGGUGAAGUAGUGCUAUACCCACUCUUACACCUUUCCACUUUAUUUUCUGAUCUCUUACAUUCCAUCCUUCAUCAGGAUUUUGAUAGGAAAUAACCUGGUAAAAAAUUCUGAGGGGAUGCCAGGGAAAGGGCUCAGCAUCUAGAGCAAUAAGCUCUCUUCUUUUUUUAGGAGAUGGGUUACUGUUUUAAUCUUUAUUUUUGAAAAUGGGUUGGUAUUUAGGGGGGUUUUUGUUUUUUUGUUUUUCAGGGGUAGGGGUACAUUCUAUAGGAAGACAGAAAAUGCCUUAAUAUGAGCCCAAUUUGGACCACCACACUCUUUCUAGUACUAAUGGUUAGUUACUCGAUAGGUCUUAGUGACCAUUCAGCAUUCAUUUUUCCAAUUCCCUAGGAAAGAGGAUUUUGUUGUUUUGUUUUUUCUGAUAAAGCUUUGUUUCCAAAGCUUAUGACCUCCUUACCUUAAUUUCCAUGUUGCAUUUCCAUCAAGUUCAAGUACAGGGUUGGAAGUUUUUGCUUUUGUUUUCUUGUCUCAUUUAUAAAGCUUUACAUAUAAAGGACAAGACAUACAUUCUGAACAUAAUGGAACAUUUUCUUUCUUUUUUUCUUAUUCUCUGGAAGACAAACAAACAACAACAAAAAAAAAAAAAAAAAAAAAAAAACACCAUCCAGAUUUGCCUUCUUAAGGCUUCAGGUGUGGACUUCAGCUAAACAUGUGCUCUCAGUAUCUCAAGGCCAUUUCUUAAAGCACUGGAUUUGAGCUUGCCUCUACUGGAGUUUAGUUUUAAUGCAGUUAACUCCACAGAGAGCCCCCAGUGCCUUGUGAAAGCAUCCAGGGUUUUUUCUCAUAUAUCCACCCUCCUGCCCUACUAAAGGAAAAUUCAUUCCAGAUGAUACAUUUUCAUCUAGGACUUUUAAAGGAACAUGGAAUUUUGUUUCAGAUUAUAGUCCCAUGUAAACCUCAGGUUGUUCAGGUGAAUACUUUCAAAUUUCAAAGAUCCAGGUAGAGUUAUUUUUUACUGUACUGGUGAUGGUCCUACCAAGUACCUGAAUUCUUAACACUGCUGUGUUUCUGUAUAAAUAACCAUGUGGUGACUUUUUUUCAUCUGAUCCUGUGUAUAUGAUCCAGUUUUAUUCCUGCAAUACAGCCACCCAAUUUUGUGAGAAAAACAAAAUACGGUUUUUGUACAAGCCUGUGUCUUUGUGUGUGAUUAUUUCUAAAAAUAAAGACUGGGACUUGGGUCAGGAUGAA